AAGCGUGCCCCGGAAGCAGUUCUUUGGCCCUGUGACACGUAGCAACUGAGCAAGUACUGGGUCUUCAUCUGUGUUUGGGGGUUUCGGGGGUUGCCGGAGCUGCUGACGCCGCUACCCCUGCUUCUGCGCUUGAUCAUUUGCAAUGUCAGGCUUUGAUAACUUAAAUACGGGUUUCUACCAGACAAGUUACAGCAUCGAUGACCAGCCACAGCAGUCGUAUGAUUAUGGAGGAAGCGGAGGACCUUAUAACAAACCAUAUGCUGGCUAUGACUACUCACAACAAAGCCGAUUUGUCCCUCCGGACAUGAUGCAGCCACAACAGCCAUACAGCGGGCAGAUUUUCCAGCCAGCUCAGGCAUAUACUCCGACGACACCUCAGCCAUUCUAUGGAAACAACUUUGAGGAUGAGCCACCGUUACUAGAAGAAUUAGGUAUCAAUUUUGACCACAUCUGGCAAAAAACACUAACAGUGUUACAUCCAUUAAAAGUAGCAGAUGGCAGCAUCAUGAAUGAGACAGAUUUGGCAGGGCCAAUGGUUUUUUGCCUUGCCUUUGGAGCCACAUUGUUACUGGCUGGCAAAAUCCAGUUUGGCUAUGUAUAUGGGAUCAGUGCAAUUGGAUGUCUAGGAAUGUUUUGUUUACUAAACUUAAUGAGUAUGACAGGUGUUUCAUUUGGUUGUGUGGCAAGUGUCCUCGGAUAUUGUCUUCUUCCCAUGAUCCUACUUUCCAGUUUUGCGGUGGUUUUUUCUUUGCAAGGAAUGGUAGGAAUCAUUCUCACUGCUGGAAUUAUUGGAUGGUGUAGUUUUUCUGCGUCCAAAAUCUUUAUUUCUGCGUUAGCCAUGGAAGGACAGCAACUGUUAGUAGCAUAUCCUUGUGCUCUGUUAUAUGGAGUCUUUGCCCUGAUUUCCGUUUUUUGAACUGAAUUUAUCUGGCAUGUGGACACCAUUGGGCCAAAAAGGACUUUGAACUCCUACUGGACCAGCGAACUGCAGUGCAACUCUCGUGCAGACCUAACGUUUGACUCUUGGAGCAGUGGACGUAAACAUAUAUCUUUUGUUCAUUUUUACAGAACUUUUGAAGACUAUGUUGGAUUUACCUGCAGUAUGACUAGCUUUAAGUGUCUGUGCUUAUACAAAUAAGAAUAAGAAGUACUGUUUCUUUCCUUUUUUGCAGCCUUUGAAAAACAAAAUUUUUUCUUGCAAAUUAUAUUAAGAUGUUUUUGAUAGAUUUUUAUCAACUGUGGGAAACUAACCACAGGGCUGAUAAUCUUUUCUUAAAAACAACCCAGUCUUGGUUAAGAAGACACAAGACUUAGUGCAGAAAUAUUUUUCUAAGGGAUUAGGAAAGAAAAAUUGCCUGUAGUCUCAAGUUAGAUGCACUUGCAGCAAAAAAGUGAUCCCAAUGUAAAGGUUUAUGAGUUUGCCCUUCGCAAAUUUGACAUUCCUUUAAGUUAUCUCAUGCAGUUUUUGCUAAAAUUCAACAAGACAAGAAGUUCCCGGUCUACUUUAUUGUAGACAGGAAAUGUGCGCACUUCUGAGGUUAGCAUUAACUCAACCAUGGUGACCUAGACUGGCCGCAUUAAUGUUCAUAGUCGGAUCUCCAUGUUUCCUAGGAAAAAGAAAAUCACUAACCUUUUUUGAGGAAAAGAUUAAAAUGUCACAAUUUCAGUACUGCAGUUAUCAGUGUAAAGUGCAUUUGAUGCUUAGUAAUUAAAAUUUUCCCAGUUUUAACUGUGUUGAAUUGACUUUUGCUGUUUUCGGUGUCGCAUUUUCUUUAACUGGGUUCCGGUUUUAACUUGUUUUCCUAAUUUAUUCUAAGCCUGAAGAAUAGAAGUCAUUUAGCAUAGAAUCAGUAAAAAAAGAGAUUAAGUGAAAAACAGUUUACUUUGAGUUACAACAUUAUUUCCUUGUAUUAAAUUUAUGUGGCCCAUGUCGUGCCCUCUUGCCAGAAAAUCUGUAAGAAAAUGCUAUAUCUUGUAUUUUGAUAUAGCUUCGGCUUUUUCUGAAAAAAACUGCCUCUGAUUUUGGACAAGCUCAUUUAUAGCUGUGAGAAAGAUGCCUUAUGGGAAGGAAAAUGUUGCCUUUUUUAAAAAAGGAGACCUUCAGACCAAAUAAAAAGAAACACCAAGCUGAUGUCAGUGGUUCUUUUUAAAAGUUAGUUUUCAGUCGUAAAAGGAGGUUAAGAUAACAAAACAUGUCCUGAAAGAUCAUGAUUUCUGAUCUCUGGAAUCACAUAAAUAUGUUUUUCUUCAUACUUAAUCUUCUAGAGGAAUACUCUCACUAAUUAGCUUUGGGCUGGGUUUUCAGACAUAUCAAAGUGUUUUAGAAUACUUUUUAUUGUAAUCUGUGGUAGUAUUUGUUUUGCCUUUUUCAGUUCAUUUUGUAAAUACACACUUGUUAAGGCAGAUAUAAUGAAUGCCUUCUGUGAAUAUCCAGUUUUUCUUCCUGAUCAAUGGAAAAGAUGCUUUGGGAAUUAAGUUUUCCCACUGUUGUUUGGACUUAGACCAUUAAUCUUCACCCAGAUUCCCCAAGUAGAUCAAAUUGUUUUCUUAUUUUUUGCCUCUUCCACCCCCAAGAUCAUACUUUUUAAUUUAAAUCAAUAUUGAGAGACUAUUGUUAUUUGUCUUAUAGAACUCCAAAAUGAUUACAUGCAAACCCAUUUUAUAUAUAAUGGUUAUCCUGUCAAAACAGCUUUAUAGUGAAGUUGUAUGUAAUGCAAGAGGUUAGUUCUAGAGUUUGCUUGCCACCUGGUGAGAUUUCCCUUCUAAAAUCUCCCUUGAAAAUACAAUAUAUGUAGCCAUAUUUAUGCCUACUUUAAAAACUGAAAACUGUGUUUCAAAAAGUUAUAUAUAGUAACUUUUUUCUCUGGCAUUGUAGUAGAUUUCUGUUUCCUGAGUUAAGUUCCAAGAAGGGCAUCUAGCUUGCUUUUAGGGCCCAUGUUAUACCAAAACCAUACAUGUAACUUUAAAUACUAGAGACCCUCACUGUAGCUUCAAGCUCACUUAGUGAUUGUUCCUGGGUAAUAAAUUUACUGUAAAUGGAUCUGCAAGUUCA